AUGAGCACUUCGCAACAGCCCAACGGGUCGGCGCCCUCGGAGAGCUCUCCUGCGUUGCAGGAUGAGCAGUACCAGGGCUUGCAAGUGGGAUCCCAUACGGAGCAAAAACUGCGUCAUGCCUCGGCUCAUCACUUGUACAUGACUAGCCGGCGCUUCUUUAUCGGACCGAUUCCAGAGGGUUGGAUUAAUGGACACCGCAAGUCAUGGUACCGGUCACGACUGCGGUUCAGGAACUACACAUCGCAAACGCUUUCGUUCUCUGUCGACCCCGUGGCCUCUCAUUACACCCAACAAGACAUUGACCAGGUGGAAACCCCUGCGCGUGCUUCGGAUGAGGAGGUCGCUAUUACACUGAGUAACACAGUUGAAGAAUCCGCGGCCGAGGACGACAGUGAAGAUGACAACCAGGAGACUGCCGAGGAACCAUCAGGAGAGCUGCGCACUCUCUCCCACCCUCCAGAGGAGACAGAGGCCAUUGAACCAUUUUCCGAAGAGGAGCCAUGUUCUGAAGAGGACUCUGACGCAACACCCCGAGCAAGUGCGCAAACGAACACCAAAAGAACCGACGAUAUCUAUGACAAUGGGAAUGCCUCUUCAUCGUUCGUGACAGCUAGGGAGGACAUUUCCAGUAGUGUGAAUACGGACAGAACUUCGUCUACUAUCCAGCCCAAUAGACCAACACCUGCCCAGCAAUCCCAAUCGCAAAAUUCGCAGCACCUGGCCAUCGCUGGGGCUAGCACGGCGAGUCCCCUAACCUCAAGUGCUUCUGCGGUGCCAAGCGAAGCUGAUUCCACCACACACUUGCUCAAACCGAGACCGAAAAUCACCAAGAGGUUCAAAAGUAAAGCAUCGGGCGUAUCUCGAUUUACGCUCGACCGACAUGAGCCUCAAAAUGAAGAUGACUCUGAACCAGAAGAUUCAGGACGACAUGGGCCAAUACAGCGAAAAAUUACCCGGAAGAUGGCAAAAUUCAACCUGGACGACAACGUCAUGGACAAACAACAGAGAUUACGCUCUCGAAUUGCCAGAACUCAGGGUACGAUUUCCGCAAACCGCCCCCGCCGGCGGGGAGUACAAGACGGUGAGAUCAUCAAAGCAGAGAAAAUGCUGGUCUCCGUGGAGGAGACUCUACAGGAUACGUUGCCAGAUGAUUACACGGAAAACGACUCCCUGAGGAUGGAAACUCGAACAGUAGACAAAUGGCGAGAAUUUCUGGUCGUUUUUCGGAAAGGUUCAACAGCAGACACCCCCUUUGCCUUACAAAUGUACCGAACUCGUGUAAUUCCAGACGCGCAAACCCCACACAACAAAUCAAAACCCUACUAUGAAGUACGGCUGAACCACAGGGACACCAAGGUCAACCUCUAUUCGGCUCUGGACAAGACCAUAGUGAUUUGGCACCCCUGCAGACAUGGCACCAAAAUCUACAUCGUCCGUCCUAAAUCGACAGUCCACGCCGCCGAGUGGUAUACAUUCAUUCGGCAGGUGCUCGGCUGGAGGCGUCCAAGCAAGCUUCCCAUCAACGUUCCUGAUCUAGGUGUUUCACUGGUAUUCAAACACCCAUUUGACCAACUAGAGGCGAAGCUUGGUGUGAAGAGUAAGGAUAUGCAGCACACUACAGUCCUCAGCCGAGCCGCAGAAGAUGAGAAACUUGCAGCUGCUGCCAUCAUCAAAGGCUGUAUUGAAAUCCUUGAAGGCCGCCUUGAGUGGUCCGAAGUUCUCAAGGCUUGGUCAAAGACAGAGAAGAUGGGCCUUGCCUGGAAGAGGUACGACCGUCUUGAAUGGAUAUUUGGUGCCAACGAGGAGAAUAUGUACAGGACAAUCGCGAUGCAGUCAACCCACGAGCUUGAGCUUCGACCGCGAUAUCACUACCCUACGGUAACUAAAAGUGCAGGCGCCAAAGAAGUGGAACCUUCGCCAGUCGAGGGUUUCUUGAUUCGGCUUACAUCACAAAAGGGGCUGCAUCAACGGAUGAACAAGAUGUUCUUUAAGCGACUGUAUUUCUACUCGCAAGAUCACUUCCUCCUGUUUUGUCGACCGGCCAAGGCAUGUCCACCCACACCGCCAAGACUUGCUCCAAUAGAGGAGUCAAAUAUUCCCACUGCUCGCCAGAUUAUAGAGGAGAUGCCUAUGUCUUGGGACAUCGAACCAUAUCCCAUCGAGAACGGUGAAAUUUCGUGGCUGACGAAUGGAAACUCUGAAUUCGUUCAGCGCCACGAUGAGGAGGCAUAUGCGCAGCUACAGAGAAAUGUACACAACAUCGGCCAGGCUGAUGGGUACAUUGACCUCUGCAAAGUACGCGAAGUUCGUAACAUGCAGCCCGGGAGCAGCCCUGCAGACCCAAACCUUUCCGAAGGGCCUGCUGUAGAUUUUCACCCCGAGCCUGAGGAUACUCGCGGAGAUGACGGCACAACCAAAGAGUUAGAACAUGAUCGGACAUUUGAACUCGCACUUGAGAAUGACCUCGUUAUCCGCCUGCAGGCUUAUGACGCUGCGACGAGAGACGAAUGGGUGAAGCGGCUCGAUGGCCUGGUGAAAUAUUGGAGAACCCGCUUUUUCGAUGAUGCCGCCGAACUCCAAGCCAUGCGACAGCGGAAUUUGAAGCUCUUGGAAAUCGACGAAGAAAUGGAAUCCAUCAUGGGCCAGUUUGCGCAAAAGUGGGAGGUCAAGAAGGCGGAGACAUCUCCACAUUUGCACAAUAUGUGUGCAUUGUCUGGUUGUCGGCCUAUCAAGAUGUCUGGUCAACUCUAUCGCAAACCCCGUCGUCACUCCACCUUUGCCAAAUGCCAUGUGAUCCUUACGUCAGGCAAACUUGUCAUCUUCCGGAGUACACUUCGGCAGCGCAAUGGCGCUGAAAUUCCACAUAUUCAUCAAGACCACGAUGCUACCAUCGACCUCAGUGACUGCUACAUUUACUCCGGCCUAGCGACCGAGGCCGAUCUGCUCUAUGCCAAUCAGACAUUCGACAGCAAUAACCCGGGCUUGCGCGCCCUUCCGCGAGUCUAUCUUGCAUCCGAUACGUUCACUAGUCGUGAUGAAGACUCAGCUAUCACUUUUGUGAUUUGGCAACCUCUGCGAAAGAGCUACUUUCGUGCUGAGGAAAGAGGCCCAAAAGGUAAAGCCACUCGAACUUUGCGACAUGUCUCUGCCCUUGGCAAACAUGGUCGAACGAUCGUUUUCAAGGCCCGCAGCCGUGUCGAGAAAGACCGGUGGGUGUUGAGUAUCUCCUCGGAGAUUGACCGAUUGCAGCAGGAGAGGCAGGAGGAUAUCCGUAUUGUUUCAUUAUAA